AUGCGAGGAGCCGUAAAAUUCACACACAAUCGGCCACCAUCGACUCGAUUCCCUCCCAGCCUUUCGCAUGCGUCGUCCACAAGGCUACGACACUAUUCCCAGCACUUCACUGCCCUAGCUCGCCUAUCUAUUACUCCAAGAAAGGGACAUAUUCUUCAUCAGGCUCCGAGAUUUACUCCUGGAGGCUCUGGUUGGAAUCAAUGGCGAGCACUCUCUGCUGGGAAUCCGAGUUCCUUGCUGCAGCCACCAAGAUGGAGAAAAUACGGGAGUCUAGGGCAGGCGCGGCAGCGACAUGAUGCAUCUUCGGGCUUCCUAUCAUCGAACGAAGCCCUCGCAGCAAGAAUCAACAAGAGUCUUCAAGACGCAGAGGUUGAAAUCCAGCCCUACGAUGCCGCCUCGUGGGAGGCUGUGUGCGAUAUACUAUCUGACAAGCAUGGAUCCGACGGAGUUUGGUCCGUUUUCCAAGCAAUUUGGUACCAGGGGAAACAUGAAAUAUUUGCAUUUAGCGAUGCCGAGUCUCUGCGUGGUAAAUUCUUGUCGGCAGCGCUGGGCUCGGAUUCACGGCUGUCUGUGCUUUUCACUGCGGCCCAGCAACUGCUGGCACAGAGCAGUUUCCAAUGGCCCGGUCUAUACACGAGUGUUGUUCGCUUUUUCCUGGACCGUGGCGAUUACGAAGAGGCAAUUCGUUGGGAUCAGCAAUUAACCCCCAUCUUUCCACCUGGGGCGGAUGAAUUUGGAGCUUUACUGGCGACCUUUGCCAUUAAGCCAACUCCUGAGAUGCAAAGCACCUUGACAACGCUUUAUGUGUCGAGCACCAAUCGUCAACUAUACGACCACAUCAUACCAGCUCUCUUUGCCUCGGGUCAGUCCAAGCUGGCCCGUACAUGGCGCAAAAAACUGGUCGUGUUUAAGGAUGCUCCAUUGACAUCCAAUUCUCGGCCGUUUCUCUUAUUUCUUGCCAGCUACUACCCGCACAUACAACUCACAGAGAGAGAGUUAGCUGUUGCUGAGCUCGAUCGUCAAGAACUAGCUGCUGAAGCUGACGACGAUGAGACGUUCCCUGAGGUUGAUAGGAAAAGAAUCGAUCGAAGAGGGACACACAGCGAUGCUCUCGUUGCAAAAUGGUUCGCCAGCACAUGGACAUCCGUGGAGUUUGCGAUCAAUUUCAUAUACAAGCUCGGAGUGCGCACAAUUGGCCCUCGCUCUCUACAAUCUCUUGCGCUGCGGGACCCAGACGCCAAAGAAGUUGCGGCACGUAUAGCCCAGGUCGAGAGGCUGGGGAUCAGAAUAUCUCCUCAAUCGUAUUGCAAGAUUUUAGUUUCCUUCGCAAGAAAUGGGGCGGACGAUUUACUCAUGGAUCUACUUCAUUGCGACAUUCACCCUGAUGAAUUCGAAGACAUGGAAACUCGACACUCCCUUAUGGCCGAGGCCGCGAGGAUGGGAGAUUGGAAGAUGGAGCGACUCCUCCAGGCUAUCGAGUGGGCAAUCGAGACCGGUCCAACAUCUCGACGUCUCAAUUCCUUGCUUAGAAGUGAGCUUUUCAAGCGGAGUUUAGGCAAAGCGAAGGAGGUCCUCGAUCGUAUGGAAGCGUUGAAAAUCAGCAUGGCCCAAGCCAGUGCCACUGGACUCCUCAAGCGUGUUUUCUGGAAGCUCGACUUGCAUCCUCCUCAACGAUCACAACGAUAUUUACCAAGGGAUUAUGGAUUUCAUGAUUCAGAUGACCCUCAUUUAGACCGAGCUCUCACCGUCAUUCGGCGCAUUUCGUGCCAUGACGUUGCCAUUCCUACAAGAUACUGGAAAUCACUACUCUACAACUUGGGACGCUCAAGGCGUCUUGACGAACUCGACCAGCUGAGCUUGGAAAUCAUGCAAAUUUACACCCCCCCUUACGGAGGGCUAGUUCCAGUGCAUCGGGAAGACCUGCCAAAGCACUUUAACACUGAGGAAAAGGAGUACAUACCGGCAGACUUGCCAUUUGUCCACCAUCACCACCCCAUUCGGCUGAUAUUCGAUACCUCGCUGCAACGUUCCAUCGUGAGAUGGGGAUUCGACCAGACGCUGGCGACUAAGCCCCGGCCGCCAACGUCUCUCACGCAUUUACAGACUGCAAACUUUUCGCAAUUCGAUGUCGCCCGCGGAGUUCGCCUGUUGGCUACGCUGCGAGACCAGGGGGCCUUGAUCGACAAUCAGGUGGUGCGGUCGAGCGUCAUCUCUCGCAUCGCUACGGGAAUGGUUCCCGGACGGCCUCGGCACCGAGCAAGAGACAGCGUCGAGUUCUCCAUGGAGAGCCUCAUGGGCCUGGUUGACAAGGCGUGGGGAUCGGAAAUGUUCCCCGACAUGUCGAUGGUGAAGCAAGAAAUCGAAGCCCGGAAGUCAAAGCUGUGGAACCGAUACCCGAGAUUAAUUGACAAGACAUUUGAUAAAAACGGAACAUGA